CAGACACUCCAGCGGAUGGAUGAGGAACAUCUGCUGUAGGAAAACUUCCUUUUAUGUUAAAACGGCUUAUUUUUGGUUGUUUCGAGUUUAAAUGUCGUACAGAUAGUGACUAACUGUCAAGGACUUUGUCAUUUUAAAGAGAUUCCAGUGAGAAGUUUGGUCCUCUGUUGCCAAAUACAGACCAUCUUUCAUCAUGGGUGACUGGAGCGCGCUGGGGAAACUUCUUGACAAGGUCCAGGCGUACUCAACGGCAGGAGGCAAAGUCUGGCUCUCGGUCCUCUUCAUUUUCCGGAUCCUGGUUUUGGGAACCGCCGUGGAGUCCGCGUGGGGAGAUGAGCAGUCGGCGUUCCGGUGCAACACGGAGCAGCCGGGUUGUGUGAAUGUGUGCUACGACAAAUCUUUCCCAAUCUCACACGUGCGCUUCUGGGUGUUACAGAUCAUAUUUGUGUCCAUGCCGACCCUGCUGUAUCUGAGCCACGUUGUGUUCCUCAUGCACAAGGAGGAGAAGCUAAAUAAGAAAGAGGAGAAAUUAAGAGACAUCCAGAGCAAAGGAGGAGACGUGGACACCCUUCUGCGGGAAAUCGAAAUGAGGAAGUUCAAGUACGGCCUGGAAGAUCACGGGAAGAUCAAAAUGCGAGGUGGAAUAUUUUACACAUAUAUGGUGAGCAUCGUGUUGAAGUCCAUAUUUGAAGUUGGCUUCCUGUUAAUUCAAUGGCAUCUUUAUGGAUUCAAGCUGUCGGCCAUUUAUACGUGUCAAAGGUUCCCCUGUCCCCAUAAAGUGGAUUGUUUCCUGUCUCGUCCCACAGAGAAGACAGUUUUUAUCGUCUUCAUGCUGGUUGUCUCGCUUGUUUCUUUGGCUCUCAACAUCUUUGAGUUUUUCUAUGUGAUUUUCAAACGGAUGAAGGACCAAAUCAAAGAGUCGGAGAGAAAAUUCGACAGAGCCUGCGAUGUCAAGCCUUGUCCGAGAAACCUGUCCGGUUACGGGUAUUACAAUGACUGUUCUGCAUCUGCACCUGUCCCCAAUCUGGGGUACAAUCUGAAUACGGGUGAUAAGUCGAACUCUUCUGACAACUACGACAAGCAAGCCAACGAACAGAAUUGGACGAAUUACAGCACAGAACAGAACCAGCUGGGUCAAAGGGAUUAUUGCCACACCCAGCGCUUUCCAUACCCUGAGAAAGGGACUUUGGGAAAAGAUCUUCUCUUGCUUAAAGAGCUCGAACCUCGACCUAGUAGUCGAGCGAGUAGUCGGCCCAGACCCGAUGAUCUGGACAUAUAGCAGAGACCUUAAUGAAAGGCCUCAUAAACAAUUUCUUGAAGUUAUGUAGUGAAUGUUUUACAACAUCGGUGAAAAGGACAAAGUUGAAUCUGACAUCCCAAGAAUGCAGUCUCAGCUUUUAUAUAUUUAUUUUUAUAUAUUUUUUAUUUUAUUAGUAUUAGUAGGCUAUAUGACAUAUGGCUGGUUCUUAUGAAAAUAAUAUUUAUGGUUCUGAUAGUGAAAAUAUUCAGCUACUUAAAAAAAACAUUUAAUAUUAUAAGUACAUGGCUGGGUGACACAUACACUCUUUAAAAAGAAGAAUGGAAGAAGUACAAUGUUUUGGCUGAAUGGUUCUUAGAGGAACCAAAAGUCUUCCUUCAAUGGCAUCGCUGUGAAGAACCUUUUAAAGCACCUUUAUUUAAGUGUAUUUUUUGUAUAUUUAAAGUUCACGUUCCCAGUUAGUGUGUAAUGUUGCUAUAAUAGCAUAAAUAAUACCUGUAAAAUGAUAAAGGUCAAAGUUCACUGCCAGGCGAAGUACUUUCUUUAACAGAACCACUUCCUGCUUUAAUGACAUCAGUAGAACAGUUUUUUGACUAAAUUCCGCCCACAGGAAUAUGUCAGUCGCCAGAUAAGCUAACGGCAAGCUAAGCGGCUAUCGAAUCACAACACACUAAACAAACUACACAAUCAGAACAAGUUACGUAUUUCUGAAGAAGGGACUUCAUAAAACAAGAAAGACAGCCCUAUACAGAUAAGUAAAUUGUGUGAAAAAUAUCGUGUUUUUUUUAAACGUGAAACAUGAACACGUGUUAUAUUGUGCACUGCAAACACAAUCAAAGCUUCAAAAACACAAAAAAGUGACCUUUAACAAUAAGAUUUUACCUUGUAGUUUAAUUUAAAGUUUAAUAUAUACACUCUAUACCCACGAUUGGGUAAAAUGCGGAAAAACAAACUUUUUGUACACAUUAAUAUUUGAGUUACUUUUUUAAAAAAGUAAUGCGAGUUACUUUUCAUUUUAAUGAAUUAAAUUUGAAAAUAAAAUAAUGUACUGAAUUAUUAGCGUAGAAUUACGCGCACUGUGCGCCUGAGCGGGAACUUUUGUGUCAGAAACGGAGAUGGCAGGCCAGAGCUUGACAUUUUUGCGAUCAUAAAAAACACCUGCAAGGCCUGAAAGAGAUCAAGCCUCAGCCAAGUAACUUAAAAGUAACUUAAAAGUAACGUAAUAGGGGUGGGAAUCGCUUGGACCCUCAUGAAUCGAUUCAGAAUAGAUUCUUAGGAUCCAAAUUUGAUUCAGAAUCUAUUCUUGACGUACUAACUGGCAUAUUUGUGACGUCAUUACGUCACAUUUGCUCUCAAAGCCAGGUAAUGUUUGCGCUUUUGCUACUAGUCUCUGAACUGUCAUAUACUGUACUUUAAUGCAACUAAGGGAUAAAUAAUGUCAUUCUUAUAUACAUAUAUGUCCUGUUUCUGUUGUAAGACAUUAAAACCAGUAAAAAUAGUAAUUAAACAUGACACAUUAAUUAUAUAUGUUAACCGUCAUUAACUUCCACGAACUGACUAACGUUAAGCGUCUAGCAUCAUCAUUAUACACGGUGAUUGGCAAUAUUACUGUAUUUAUAUAAUGCAGAGCACCCAGCAACUGAAUAACAAAGUAUGUGCAUAGUUUUACAGAAGUAUGUUGUUUUCUUGCAGUUUAGAAUUAGUCAAACAGGGCUGUUUGAGAUGUAUUUGUUUAUUUCUUUCUCUUUUGCUCUUGUAAGCUCCGCUAUGUGCUCGUCCAGUGCGCGCUCUCUCAAGUUUUCCGUGUGCAGCACCGCUCCCCCAAUUAAGUUCCGCCUUUUGGUUUUGAUAACGUCACGUUAUUAUUUUGUAAACUCACAUUUAAGAAUCGAUUCUUGACAUUUGUGAAUCGAUUCAGAAUCGGCCCACGUCCGAAUCGCGAUUCAUCUAAGAAUCGAUUUUUUUUUGUCCCACCCCUAUAACGUAAGCAUUACUUUUAUUGAAAAGUUACUAAGUAAUGCAGUUAGUUACUUUUUCGGGCAGUAACUUAAUAUUGUAAUGCACUACUUUUAAAAGUAACUUUCCCCAACACUGGUUAGGACCUUUUUAAAUGGUACUGCCGCAGUGACAGCUGGUUCUAAAAAGGUUCUUCGCAGCGAUAUCUUAGAAGAACCAUUUGAGUCAAAGGUUCUUAAAAUAAUGAUUUCCAUGUUUUUAUAGUCAUCAAAGAACCACACUGUAAAAAAUGCAGUAUGAAGUUAAAACAACUUGGUUUUUGCAAGUCAAUUCAACCUACUAUUUUAAGUUUUGGCUUGUAAAAAGUUGACAUAACUUAUAAAAUCAAGUUGAAAUUGAUUAACUUAUUUUUUUAAGUUAAAGUAACAAAAGUAUUUGUUGAUUAGACAAAAAUGCUGCAUUUUUUUUUACAGUUGUGCAGUUCAGUGGAUGUUAAUGGUUCUUUAUUGAAAGACAAAGACCAUUUUUGGAACCUUUAUUUUUAUAAGUGUAGUAGUGUCAUGAUGCACUAUUUGAGCUACAUGUCAUUCCAAAUAGUGUGAUUUAAUAUGGUGGUUUUUGGAAGGAGUAAAUCUUCUCAGUACUGUCAGUAUUAUAAAGCUCAGUUUUCUUAUUGUCUUACUGUUUAACCACUGAAGAAUAAAUCCAAGUAAGAUUCUUCUAAGUCUAUCCAAGUAAGAUCAGUCUAAUUCAACCCUACUGGAAUAAAUUAAGGUCAUUCAUUCUUUUCCAGAAGGAUCUUAACUCUGAACAUUUUCUGUCUAUUCUUCUUUUUCCGACAGCAUUUUUCCAUUACGGGAAGUUGGCCAGCACAUAUAAAUGGAGCACUGUUUCUAGAUUUUUUCUUUUAACUGAGUAACUGUACUGUGGUCUUCUGUAAAGUCUCCAGUGAAGUUUCGAGUUUCCUAUUUAUCCAAUGAACUAAAUGAAAACAUGUGCUUUGACUCUGGUCUGCCAGCCACAUGUGGCUAAACAGAAAAGCAAGGUAAAGUACUUGAAUUAUGUAUGAAAACAUUUUUGUAAUAUCUGCGCUAUGUGCAUCAAGAUGAGUGCAGUUAUGUAGCAAGAGGGGAUUAACGAAAAAUCUUUUUGUCCUCGAAUUCCAAAAUAUUCCACAUUAUCAAAUGCAGAUUUGUAAGGAUUAAAAUACUUUAGAAGGUAAACCUGUCACAGCAUUUCAUACAAUACAUUCCUCAUUUGGAUGAUCAAACAUGACCUUUCACCAAUAUAUGUCCAACUAAUGAAAUGUGAAACAUUUCCUAACUCAGUUUAACACUAGCUUUGUUUUAUUGUGUCUCAGGACAGUCUUUAUACAAUUUUUUAUCAUUGCAGUAUGUGUGUUCCCUAAAGAUCGAACCCUGCAAUGCUCUACCACCAACUGAGCUACAGGAACAAGACUUUCUAGUAACCAUUCAUAACUAUACCAAUCACAUGAACCACUGCAUAUCAACACCCAAACUAGCAGUGCCCUAGAAACAGAACAGUCGCGAACUCUGUACACCUUCACAAAACUACACAAGGCUUAUAACAAGCAAACUUUAAAUCUCUUUCACACUGUCAGAAAAAAUGGUCCCAAGCUGUCACUGGGGCAGUACCCUUUGAAAAGGCCCCCAGCGAGCAAAAGCCAUCAUUCACCAUCUAGCUUAACUACAUACCUAAAAUACUGUAGUCUGGCUAUGGGUAACCCACUUAUAGCCAAAAUAAAUGUAAAACUUGGUUAAAUAAACCUGAAUUACAAGUCGCCUUUUUGCCAAAAUAACUCAAGAGAUGUGUUUAGUUUCAUUUCUUUUAUUUUAUUGAUUUUUGGGCUAUGGUUAGAAAUCUAUUAAAUGCUAAAUUGCUUACUGGGUCCUAAUAUGUCCCAUUUACAGUAGGUACAGAUAUGCAUACAUUUGGUACCAAUAUACACAUUUGAGGUAUUAUUACGCACUGUUUGAUACCAGUAUGCACUUUUGAGGUACAAAUAUGAACUCUUUAGGUGCAAUGGUGUACCAGUGACAGAAAGGUCCAUUUUUUUUAAAUACUUUUAUUUGAUAACAAUAGAGUGCCACUGGGAUGACAUAUUUUUGUAGGCCGUCCCAGAAGUAAGCAGGACACUGGUUCCCUUGCCAAAAAGCCCAUUAAUUUUCCCCAAAGACCUGAUUAUUGCAACGUUUUGUACAACAAGAUAAUCUUCACUUCAAUUUUCACAUUUUUAUAAACUUUUAUAAAAAGUUUAAGUGCGUUUACUAGAAAUGGAAAGCUAACCUUAGGCUAAAAGCAAACCACACCAUCGUCUCUUCCAGUGGUGGCUCGUGACUGCUCAUCCGAUUGGUGCAAAUUGAAAAUAUGUGUUCAGAGUGUUAUGUGUUGCUCGUGUUUUCAAAAUAUGUAUUUGUUUGCGUCAUGUGAACCAUGUGCAUCACGUGUUUUGUCAAGUUAAGUGCCUGCCACACACGCGUCUUUUAUGAUAAAAGAGACGCUCAUGUUCACAAAAUACACGCAAGACACUCCCUUAACAGUAAACUUUGAGUAUCUGGCAAACGCGAGCGUCUCUUUAAUCAUAAACCCUUUAGAUGCGUCUGCAGCAGGCAGGCACUUAUUUUGACAAGAAACGUGAACAGGGCCGUGCACAGACAUUUUGAGGGGCAGUGGCCCAAACCAAAAAGUAGGGAUGCACCGAUAGGAUUUUAUUUAUAUUAACAUUUAACUCAUUUUUUACAUAUAAUGGAUUUCUUUAUGCAGUUAAUUAAUAAACAAUCGGUAUCGGCCUUUCUCAUGCUAUUACCGAUAUGCCGAUGGUUUCAAAUUCACAAAAAAUCGGCCGAUAAAUAUCGGGGGCCUAUACAUCGGUGCAUCACUACCAAAAAGGGGGCACUGGGGGAGGGCAAAAUUUAUAUGGUUUUAACAAUAUGAUGUGUUAUAGAUUAGUAUCAGAAAAAGAGAAGUGAUUAUAAUGGAAAAUAUACUUAAUAACAAGAAUUAAAGUGUGUCAAAACUGCUUAAUAUUUUAUAAUAUUUACGUGCUGAAGCUUUGAAUCCAUGUUUACAAUUUUGAAGAGCUUUUGCAGCCUUCCUUUGCAGUCUUCUUUUUUUUGUGAAAACAUUGUUUUUUAUUUUUUUGUCUACAAAGUGUGCCAACAACAGCAAAUUUGGUGUUAUUUAUAUUAGACAAUCACUGUAAUUCUAAGAAUGUUUACUUGCUAAGUUGUUAGCAGUUUUAAAAGACCAAGAGCAAAUCAUUACCCACAGAAAUACAAAAACAUACGAAAGCCAAGAGAGGUCAUCCACAUUUUUAUUUUUCCUGCUUGGUUUCUCAUGAUCUCGAGAUAACAAAAGUUGUUUUCUUGUUAUCCUGACAUGAUAAUCCAAAUGCCAUAAUGUAAUUUCCUGUCCAUAAUAUUCGUUUAUUUUGAAGUGGACUGCUGAUGCAUAUAUGAGUUGGGUUACCACGCGUAGCUCAUUGUCGAUAGACUUAAUAAAUAAAUGAAGUUUGAUGUUCGUGAAUUUAGGGACCAUCUCUAAAGUUACAAUGUACACGUUUCUAUCUUCAAUAGUAUUAAAAAGUUUAUUUGAAUAAAAAUAAAAAAUCUAAAAAAGUGUGCAUAGUUGACAACCACAUGAACACUUUACAGUUGGUUUUGUGACUGUUUGUUAACUUUAAGUAACUCCAUUUUAAUGCUGUUUAAGUAGAAACGUAUAUGGAGAUACUUUAUAGACGGUCCCUAAAUUCACCGCGCUAUCAAAUGGUCAAUUAUUGGCAAAUCUGUUUCAUCUUGAGCGAAUCCCUGAUCCAAGUAAAAUCUAAUCUGUUCAUUCAUGCUAAUUUAGCUAAAUAUGCUUUUGCUGUCUAAAAAGUAUGUUUUUUUUUGUUAGCUUUAAUCACAUCACAAGAAUACAACUGUUAUCUCGAGAUAAGGAGAAAAUUAAGUCGUGAUCACGAGAAAACAACCAAGCAAAAUAAAUAUAGUACACGACCUCUCUCGGCUUCAAACUACCAAAUUACUAAUUGAGCAGCUUAACAACUGAGGUAAUGUAAUGAAUCUACCUGUUAAUACAACAAACUGUCGUCUCCGCCCUUCAAAGAGUGGACACAGAUUGUGAGAGAUGCUGCGUAGCGGGCGGGAAAUCACAAAGUGGAUUACCAGAAAAGGUGGAUCUUUAGACGAGCGGUAACAGAACACUUUGACCCGGGUUGGCGGUUGGUGAGAGGGGCACCUCAGCUGAUUAGGGCAGAGGGGCAGUUGCUCUAGCCACCGGGCCACCCCCCUGUGCACGGCCCUGCACGUGAUGCACAUAGGAUCUAUGUGUGAUGCACAUAGUGAUGCACAGAACACAUAAUUUGAAAUGAAAAACCACACACAUGAUGGGCUACAUACAUGUUGUGACGAACUUCGCAUCGUGUGCCCUGGAAAAAAGAAGUCACCGGCCGCCACUGGUCUCUUGACAUCAACGUCAUAAUCACCAAGCUUCGAAUAGCUCAUGCUAACUUCAUUAAACACAUUUAAAAGCCUUCCUGAUAAGUAAACCUUUUUUCUACUAAGGAAAUACUCUUUGGAUGAAUCUUUGUUAAGAAAUGAAGUGUGCCCAUGUUGCAUAUUUGAUAUCUUCAUGUGUGAUGACGUUUAAAGUCCCCAAACAAAGUCUGUAGUUCCAAGUACAGUAGCAACUUGUUAGCAAGCACCCUUUUAAAGACAAUUUGAACAUUUUAAAAAGUCACAAGUAGGGAUAUUACAGGUUUUCUGUCAUAGAAUAAAACAUGAAAAUAUCUUGAGCUUAUGUUAUCCUUAUUUAAGCAGUUUAACCAAAACACCAUUGACUUCGGGAUAAUGGAACCAAAAGUACUAAAAUGCUUACUCGCUUCAGGUUUUGCCUACAAAAAUAUGUCAUGCCUGCGGCACACGAUUUAAAACAAGGUUGUAUUUGUACAUUUCACAAGACUUUGCAGUUUGUGGGUGUGUCCUUUAAAUGCAAAUGAGCUGAUCUCUGCAGUAAAUGGCAGUGCGUGGUUGAAUAGUGUAGAUUAAGGGUAUUAUCCCCUUCUGACAUCACAAGAAAAACCUAAUUUUAUUGACCUAUACUUUAACCUGCUUGCAGAGAAUGGUUUACCAAAACUUAGUUAUACUGGGUUGAUCUUUUUCACAUAUUCUAGGACAUACAAGCACUUGGGAACCAAUUAUAGCACUUGUCCCCUUUAACAUUAUAAAUAUGUUAGCUGACAUGAACUUACAAUGAACAAUAUAUUUAUAUAAAUAGCAUUUAUUCAUGUUUGUUCAUGUUAAUUAAUGUCAUGUGUUCAUGUUAGUUCAUUAACUAGUUAACGUUACAAAUUUUGAUUUUAAAAAUGUAUUAGUAAAUGCUAGAAUUAGUAAUUAUUUAA